AUGGAUGGCUUAACAGGAGCGUGGAAGAUGAUCGCAUCUGGUUCUGUAGCAUUCUUAAACGGCUCGAAUUCAGAAGUGUGGGUAGAAUGGGUGAUCGGUAACUAUGCCACACUGUCCGCAUUUGGUCCGUCCCCCAUACAAACCCACUCAAAUCAAAAGACCCUGCUCAAAGUUUCUCGUAUACUGGAGAUGUACACCACAAUGCCUGGAACCUCCAACGAUGGCUCCAUAUACAACCAGAGUCGCCAUGUGUUGUUCAUGGCUGCCGCAUUGAUCCUCACCAGGUCGGCCCUCGACGUUUAUGUGAAGUCGGAUUUCUCGGAAACAGUGGUCCAAAUUCCUUCCUCUACCACAGGUUCAAUAUUUGCAAGGAUGUCUCGAUGUGGAUUUGAGAAUCCCUUAGACAUUAACAGUGGCAUAUUCUUGGUGGUGGCUGCGAAUGGUUCUCUAAGUAUUGCUACUAUUUUUGAUUCAAGCUUGACCGCAACAUCUAUCAAUGACAUAUUAGCCGCAUUUUCUGCUGUAUUGCCAAAUCUCUUAGUCAAUCACUUAUUCCUCAACCUCCGAAGCUUCCAAAAUCCACGCUACGGACUAUCCUCCAACAGUGCUUCACUCCCUGCUCCUUUUUUCGCUCAGAAUCGUCCGCAUCGCCUUCUCGGUAACAUCGGAGAGCCCUUGGACUAUGACCAAUGGGACGAAUUUUUGGAUGACAACGAUGACGAGAACGGAGCUGCUCGUAACGACUCAGAGCUCAGUGGCAUACGGGACCCUUUGACCACUCUUGUUCCUGUUGUGUAUGGAGGAGAAGAUGAUGAGGAGAUUGAGAUGGUGCCUAUGCAGAGAGAGACCGGAACCAUUUUGGGAGCCUCGAAUAUGGAGGAAAUGCCUUGA